CCAGGAAGCAGAGUGCUAAUUAUUCACAGAAGAAAGCCGGCAGUGUACUGUUACAAUACUACUGUAGCAAGUCAGAAGGUCACUUGGCUUCCAGGGUAGCUGACACAGCCCGAAACUGCCUGGCCCCUUUUAAAAAGAAAGAGUGAAAUGGGAGAGAAUGAAGCCGGCUUACCUAACACGUCUUUGCAAGGUAAAAAGAUGGCUUAUCAGAAGGUGAAGGCAGAUCUAAGAACCUCAGGACAUUCACAGUACCUAGACAAUGAUGACCUUCAAGCCACUGCCCUUGAUUUAGAGUGGGAUAUGGAGAAGGAACUGGAAGAGCCAGGCUUUGACCAGUUUCAACCAGAUAAUGCUGAGCAUCAGAACUUGGGGCACUCUGAGACUUUAGACCUCCGUCUUGAUUCCAUUCAACCAGCAAUGUCACCCAAAGGAAGGUUCCAGAGACUUCAAGAAGAGUCUGACUGUGUGACCCACUACACAAGAUCUGCACCAAAGAGCAACCACUGCAACUUUUGCUACAUGUUGAAAAUGCUGUGCAUAGCUACCGCUCUAUUUAUUUUUGGAAUUAUAAUAGGUUAUUAUGCACAUACGAAUUGUUCUUCUGAUGCCUCACUACCAGGAACAAAUAACCCUCAGUUAUACCAAGAGAUUCUCAAGACAAUCAAAGCAGAAGAUAUAAAGAAAUCCUUCAGAAAUUUGCUACAACUCUCUGACAGCGAGGAUGACAUGGAAAUUUCAAAGAAGAUUAAGAAUCACUGGAUUGAAUUGGGCUUGGAAGAUGCACAGUUUAUAAACUAUUCAGUGUUGCUGGAUGUUCCUGGGCCCUCUCCAGGCACCAUCACUGUGAGCAGCACAGGCCAGUGCUUUUAUCCUGAUGGCCAACCUUGCAGGGAAGAAGCCAGACGAGGCCACAGCCAAGAUCUGUUCUUCUCAUACGCAGCCUAUUCUGCCAAAGGAACUCUCCAGGCUGAUGUCAUCGAUGUGAGUUAUGGAACUGUGGAUGAUUUAAAACGGAUUACAAAGCUGAAAAAUACUACAAAUCAAAUUGCACUCCUGAAAUUAGGAAAAUUACCACUACUGUAUAAGAUUUCCCUAUUGGAAAGGGCUGGUUUUGGAGGUGCUCUGCUCUACAUUGAUCCCUGUGAUGUACCAGAGUCUGCAGUCAUUAGGUCUGAGCCUUUUAUGGUGACGCUGAAUCCAGGAGGAGACCCCUCUACACCAGGAUACCCCAGUCAUGAUGGAAGCUUUAGACAAAGCCGACCAAACCUCACCUCCCUGUUAGUACAGCCCAUCUCCGCAUCCCUCGUUAAAAUGCUCAUCUCUUUGCCAAAACUGAAAAUGGAUAAAGAUACCUGCAUCCAUCUAGAACUUCCACAGAAUGAAAAGAGAACUGUCAGUUUGCAGGUGCAGACAGUCACAAAAUUUAAAACAGUGUCUAAUGUUGUUGGAUAUCUAAGAGGUUUGACUUCACCAGACCGUUAUAUUAUAGUUGGCAGCAGCCACCGUGCUGGGCACAGUUAUAAAGGACAAGAAUGGGCCAGCAGUACUGCAGCAAUCACAGCAUUUAUUGAAGCUUUGAUGUUAAGAGUGAAGAAAGGAUGGAGACCAGAACGAACUAUUGUUUUCUGCUCAUGGGGAGGAACACCCUGGGGCAAAAUUGGCUCCUAUGAAUGGGGAGAGGAUUUUGUGAAGAUUCUACAAAAAAAUGCUGUGGCUUAUAUUAGCUUUCAUAGCCCUAUCCAGGGCAACUCCAGUCUGUAUCCAGUAGCGUCUCCAUCUCUCCAGCAACUGGUUGUGGAGAAAAUUAAGUUCAAUUGUAUGCGAAGAGCUCAGUGCCUAGGAGCCAAUGUCAGCUCUGUGCAGAUACAAGGUGAUGCUGAUUAUUUCAUCAACCAUCUUGGAGUUCCAACUGUGCAGUUUGCUUAUGAGGACAUCAAAACAUUAGAGGGUCCAAGUUUUCUCGCUGAGGCCAUUUUUCCUAAGCAUGCAGCAAAAAUUGAAGAAUUGGAUCCAUCUUUCAACCUCCACGAAGUCAUUACCAAGCUCUCAGGAGAAGUAAUUUUACAAAUUGCCAGUGAACCAGUACUGCCCUUCAAUGCCCUCGAUAUAGCAUUAGGAGUUCAAAACAGCCUUAAAGGUAAUCAGCCUAAUGUCCCUUCCCUGCUUUCCUUGGCAUCAAGGCUGAGGGACAGUGCAGAACUCUUCCAGUCAGAUGAGAUGCGACCUGCUAAUGACCCAAAGGAGAGAGCUCCCAGCCGUGUCCGAAUGCUGAACGACAUCCUUCAAGACCUGGAGAAGAACUUCCUGGUGCCGUGGGUACCACCAGGUUUUUAUAGAAACAUCCUGUAUCAUCUUGAUGAGAAGACAAGCCAGUUUUCCAUUCUUAAGGAAGCUUGGGAGCACUGCAGUCCACAGACGUCAAAUGAGACGUUGCAAGAGGCCCUGUCCAACGUGCUGAAUAGCAUUAAUUCAGCUCAUAUUUCUUUCAAAGCAGGACUGGAUUUGUUUGAGAGUGUCUUACUUGGAAAGAACUGAGAAAAUGCUCAGAAAUUUUCAAAGUUUGUUUACAAUUGUAACAUAAGAAGCUCUAAUUUGACCAGGUGUUUGUUUGUCUUGCUGAUUUUUAUUGCCACUGAAGACCUGCCUGAAGUUUAAAGCUAGUAUACAACAUACUUUUUAAUGUACAUAAGAAAAAAACAUUUUGUACUUUUUAAAUAUUUUCUUAUAACUCUACUGGAGUAUAUAACAACAAUUAUUGAAAUAAUACUUAAGAUUUAUCUAUUACAGAGGAAUAUGCCAUAUUUUUAGUAAUAAAAUGGUUGGGAGGAGGUUAAGAUAUUCUUGGCAUUGUCACGAUUGUGGACAGAAUGUGGAGGAAUGCCAGUCUUCUCUGUGAUGAAACCUCCAUAGAUUUAUGUUAGACAUGAAGACCUGAUAAGAUUUUAAAUAAUUUUGCAAAUAUCUGUUCAAUAUGAAGACAUGAUGCAUUCUGAAUGAGUGAUUGAUGCCCCAAACCACUUUGAAUGUUUCUAUUUUAUAAAAUGAAGUCUGCCUUCUUAAUACAACUAGAUGUAGUAAUGCACUGGUUAUGAAAUUGUAUUUUGUAAGUAAUAAUGAAUAAAAAAAAAAAGCCAUAAACAUUCCAAGGGGGAAAUUCCCAAGAAACUAGAUGGAGCAAUUUAAAUGCAAAUUCUUCCCACAGUGACAAGUUUUGAAACCCUUAAAUUGCCUCGGUUGAUGCUACAUGAGCUUCAGCAGUGAUAUACAUUGACAAGGAAGAGAAACUACUUUACUUUCUGUGGUUUCUGGCAGAAUUACAGAAACAGGGACUGUGCUAAAGGAGUACCACACAUGGCUGCCCCUCCCUACACCCUCACAACCUCUUGCUCUAAUGUGGCUUUAACAGAACACCAUAUAACUGUGAUAGAAAAAUGGCAAAGUUUGUCUUUGAAAAUCCAAAAUAUCACCAAAUACAACUAUGUGUUGUUUUAUUAAACCGGCAAAAUAAACCCUAUUAUAAAACAUAUGUUUGCUUUGUCAACAAAUAAUCUAAAUUCAGAAAUAAAAUUUAACAUCUUCCCCUUUGUUAUCCUUUAUAGUGGCAAAGUGCAAAACAGAAAAUAGGCAUGCCACUUAUGCUAUCAAAAAUUGGAGUGUUUUAGGGCCUGUUGUCCCACAGUUCUUUCAUGUAGGAGAGAGACUUUCUAUCUUGGCUUUGUCAUCCAGUAGCUACAGAAUAUUUAGUCCCUCCAAAGUGGAAGAUUCUGCCUAGUUGUGGACAAGUAAAACUUCUAUUUUACCUUUUUACAACGUAUUUGUUAAAAUAAUAGUUUCCUUGUAUUAAUGCAGUUUCCCUUUGGAAAUAGAACAUGAGAAUUGUUCCCUAACUCUUUCAGUCCUGAAAAAAAUAAUUGCCAUUACCAUCCUGUGGUCUUCCCUGUUCAUCUAAGUCAUUACUUCUUUAGGAUGAACAUAAAAGUAAGGUUAGCUAAAAAGAAAGCUGGAAUUGAGGAAAAAUAAUUAACCAUCAUUGGCUAAGUGAUUGGCAAGGGUCAUCUCCUACCAUUAAUAAUGGUUGAUUUCUCAAAACAGUGAACUGAGGCAAUUAUAUAAUUAGUUAUAUAAUUAAAGCAGAAGCACAUGUUUGUCUGAAGUGCCUAUGUACAAACAUUUUCAUAUGAGAAAUGAAAGAGCUUGUAAUAUUUUAAUGCAUGUAUUUAAUGUAAUGAUUUUAAGCGUACUUGCUUGAGAACAUUCUGCUACAUUGUUAAUGUGUAUGGGGAGGCACUGAGAAGGUUUGGCACUGCCUACCCAGCACUGCUUCUUCUUCAUUAUCUGCAAAGAUCAGCAGAACAAAUAGGGUCUGAUUACCCAUCCUGCAAGAGAGUCAAAUCUUACAUCAAAGUGUGUUUCAUACUGGACCAAAGGUUAUGCAGUAUAUAGUUGGAUUUGGUAGAUUAUCAUCUUACAUAAAAUCUCUAUAUUAUUUAAGUACAACAUUUCAAAAAUUAUUGAGAACAGAAAAUCACCAUCUAGAAUUUUAUAAAGACAUAGGUUAACCAAUUACAUGUGAAAACUGUAUUACUUCCUUCUAAAUUUAUUGUAUUUGUUCACUAAAAAACAGUUAACCUUUGGCUAGCAUAUUCUAUUAGAUCAUUUAAAAGAUUGUAUAAAGUGUUUAAAUCAGAUCUAAAACGAAUGUUCAUGAAUCCCGAAGAUGAUGCUUCAUAUUUUAUCUAGCUCUGAUCUCUUACAACAUUGUAUCAUAGCUCUGACAUGCUUGUCUCAAGACAUUUUCAGAUGCAUAGCAUGUUACGUUUUUGCAGAACUCUUUAGUAGAUAUCAUCCUUAUCAUCCUGAAUCAGGUGGUGACAAGUACUGAAUUGGUAGUACAUUCAAACUGAUACAAAGACAUUUAGGUAUCAAGUAUCUUUCAAAGUACUUCAUAUAGAAAUAUGCCCAAGUCAUAAGCAAGUCAUAGAUAAUCCAUAUAGCUCCCCAUGUCCCCCUCAAAAACUAUUGCAUGGCUCUGUGUCCAGGCUGGAUAUCCAGGUCUAUUACUCCUGAUCUGAGGGACAAAAGGGAGCCUGUCAGUCAAGAAGAAGGCCAAGUAUCUUGUCAUUAAUCAUAAAAUCAUCACUAUUCAAAUCAGAUGCAGUACUGGAGCAAGAUGGAUGGAGAAAUGUGGACAUAGGUAUAUGUCCAGAGACUAGCUAAAGCCACCUGGAUUUUCAGAUUCUUAAUAUUCUUGUCCAGUGUACACUGCCCUCCCUUCAAGAAGACAGAAUUAUAGAAGACCUUUGUAGCAAGUUAGUUGAAACUAGCCACCUAGUCUGAGACUGUUUUUAGCUGGGAACAUGAUUUUAAUUCCAGAUAACCUCAUACCUUGAAUAUACUUGACAAAAUGUUCCCAUAAUAUUAGGGCAAGUAGUACAAAGUCUGAGGAAUGAUUGUAUAUGAUGCCAGAAGUCAGAAAGAAGGAUGCUGAGCAAAAUAGGACAAAGGGGCCUGUUACCUGGAAACAUCAACAGUGUUUGUUUGAAAUGUGAAAUUUGAAGAAAGAGUCUUCAGAAUAUUUAUUCUAGAUUUGAUUGCAUCUAGUUUUGUGAUCUCUAAUCAAUAUUAAUACUGUAUCCUAAUAAAACAUCUUUUUGAAACUCAUUAAAGUAAAAGAAAAGAAAGUCAAAUUAAUGAGGAAUCCCAAAGAUUCUUCAUAGUGCCAUCAUUAAAACCCAAACAAAGGACUGGAAAGAUGGUUCAGCAGAUAGGAAUACUCGCGACUCAAUCAUGAAGACUUGAAUUCAGUUCCAGCACCUGUCUGGGAGUGGAUAAAUGCUUCCACUCAUACAAUUCCCCACUCAUACGCUUAAAAGAUAUCACAUACGCACAUUCACACAUUAAUAAAACAAACCUCAAACAAGAUACAGUAAAUACAAAGGAGGACCUCUUUUAUCUGUAAAGUGAGGGUGCAGCCGAAAUUUAUGCCAGCUACAGACUAGACAUGGUUUAACUUUUUCCCCGCUAGUUGACUAUACAGCAACUGAUUUAACAAUGAAGAACUUGGGUUUAAUGAGAUGUCUUCAGAAUUUUCAGGUUAAUAAUAAUAAUAAUAAUAAUAAUAAUAAUAAUAAUAAUAAUAAUAAUAAUAAUAAUAAUAAAUGUUGUCCUGUUUCCUUCUUCUCAGAGAGGCCUAGUAAAGUCACCAAGGCCUUCUUUACACCAGGUGCUGCAGAGAACAUAAGGGUUUCUAUUUGAAAGAACAACAUGAUAUAACAUUUUGAGGUAGAUUUAAACAUACAAAAAGCCUUAGCUAAGUCACCAACAGCCUUGGCUAGGAGCCACUUCAUCUGCAAAAUACCUAAAAAGCCGUCAAUAGUUAUAGUCCAUCUAAUAACGGUAUAUAUGUGUAAGUUUGAAACAUCUACAAAAAUGAAAACCAAUCACAGAUAUACUAUCAGAAAUAGGCUUCAAGUUGUGAAACCAAGGUAGAAUGCACUAAUCUCAUAAUUUCCUAUCCCAAAUGUUUGUAUAAUUCAUUGAAAAAAAAAAAAACAACAACAGGUGCAUUGAUUUAGGAAUAAAGCUAUAUAUCAGACUUUAAACCUCAACUUCUUAAAUAAAUACAUAAUAUGUCAACAUUUUGUUUGCUAGAAAGAUAAGCUAUGGCUUCAGACUCAGAAAAAAAUAAAAUAUUUGUUACAAUUUUAUCAGUUGUGGAUCAGGAUCUUGCCUGAUUAAAAAAUAAAUUAUCUGCAGAAUAAAUUGGUAGAUGUAGCCACUAAUGUUCUCCAGAGGCACUUUGUGGUGUGCGUAAUUAAUUCCUGAAAUAAUUAAGCUCUCCUUGAAGAUUACACAUUGCCAUCUCAUUGGUUUAACAUGUUACUAAAGUGUGGCUUGGCCACACAUUUUUGUAAUAGAAAGGAAUUACUGCCAAUACAUAUGCUGAAUAGAAGGGUAAUGGUUUUUGCAUAUUCCAAUAAAUUAUUUUCCAAUAUGUUACUCUACAAGACUUGGAAUUUAACCUAAGCAUGGGGGAACAAGUCUUUGCUGAGCCAUGCUUCCAAACUCAGAACUCUUUCAUGAGUUUAAAUUGCUAAUCUAAAAAAAAUGGCUUACUAGAAUUUGCCAUUCUAAAAUCUAAAAGAGCACUGAGAGUUUGAAGUACCCCAUCGAAUAUGAAUACCCUUUAGUUGAACAGAACUGUUUAAACAGAUUUUGAAUUUGAAGUGAUAUAAAUGUGAAGAAUUGCAAACCAUAAUGUAGAAUGUUGCUGGUCAUCACAGAAUGUCCAUGCAGAAAUCUAUUUUCUUUUCUUUCUGGGUACACUUUAGAAAUGGUAUUAGGCAUUCCCUUUCUGAAGAAGUGUUUUUUUAAGACCCACCUAUUCAACUUAAAUAUAUCUGUUAACCACCUAGAAGUUUCAUUACAUAAGACCUUUACAUUAUCCUUCCAAAGAUGUGCACUAAAAGUGCCUUUAGCAUAGAAGCCGUCAAGACUCCAAAACAUGGCUCACUGUGAGUGACAGGUUUCAUAAAGGCAUUUAUAAACUAAAAUUCAGAGUGGAUAAGAAUUUUAAGAGUAAAGGAUGAAACUGAGACAGAUUUAUGGACUCCCAUUGUAAAGUUUCUUGCUAUAUUAUGUGGUUGGAUAUACAGUUUCAAAGGUUACAAUAAACAAAAUAGUGAUAUUAAGGCUUUAAGCCAAAAUGGACUCAGCAAAGCCAAAGAACAUGAAUACUCUAAUUUGUUAUUUCAAGGACUUAGUCAAGAAUUAGAACACAUGCUACUGAUUGACUUCCUUUACCUAAAGAAAGCAUUAAAAACUGUACACAGAGCCGAACAGUAUUCUUGCUUCUUUUAUGGCCUAAGCUAAUAAGCACUGAGGUAGCUUUUCUCAGAGUAAAACGCAUUUUAUUUUCCAGGGGCUAAUUAAUAUGUACCGCUUCAGUCACAAAACAACUACACAGGUGCCUGCCCUAUACCAUAUGUCAAGUGUUCUAGUUUUUUAAGCUUAAGAGAUUAAUAUGCAAUCAUUAUUAUGAAUGAUUGUGCUGUAUUAAAGUUGAUAUUGGUCUUUUGUUCUAAUUAAAGUGUAGACUUGGUAUCUGUACAGAACUUCACUGAAGAAAUUGAGUCAGAGUCCUUAUUUUAAUGGACUACAUAUAUUUUUCAAUCAAAAUGUAUAAUUAUUUACUUAUCUAUACUCUUUUGUAAUCGCAACUUUUUAGAUCCUUCAAGGGACCUAAAUUCAAUAUGUGGCCAUGCAAAUGGUUAACACCUACCUGGUUUUCACCUUUGUGAUUUCUUUUCUAUGUAAUAAUGUAUUUUGAAGAAUACACAGUGGAAUUAUAUUAAUAGUAGUGUUUUCAUUUGUUUUUACAAAGAUGUGUGAUUGGACAUUACUCUGGAAGUUAGAACAAAAUAUGACUAAUAAGGAUGAGUUUUCUCUACUUAGAGAAACCAAAUAUGUAAACAAACAAGAUAUUUCACUACACCAUUAUGGCUUCUCUGCAGGAAGAAGUGUUUACCCAAGUAGUUAAAUGUAGCUCACAAAAUUAUGUUCCAAGGGUGUUAUAAAUAAUUCUAUUCAAUAGCAAAGCCCAGCUCCAUUAGGUGAUUGAGUGUGUACACUGCAAACAAAGGGGGUUAGUGGCGAACAUAUUCCACAUAUUUUAACUUGCUAUUUGGAAGAAACAAAAUCAGAUGAAAAAGCUUCCUGGGGCACUCAGAAAAUUGCAUGACAUUUUGAUAUGACAUUUUUAGGUGGGCUUCCAAUGUUCAUAUAUACAGGAGUUUAAUAUUUUUAGCUUUGUUUGCUGUGUUUGUAAUAAAAUAUUUCAAUUAAAAAUUUUUACAGAAUUAUUUUUCCAGUGCUAUAAUAUCAAAAAAAUAUAAUUGUAGAAUUAUAAAUAAAAUGGAACAGGAUAAAGUUUGUAGAUUCAUUGGACAGAACAUAAAGGGUAACUUUACCAAAUAAGUGUACUAUAAUUAAAAAAAAAUUACCUAUCAAAGAUGUAUGUCCGUUGUUAAAUUGCACUGAACUAUCUUAGUGCUCCCUUUUAUUCAUCUGUGUUCAACUUUAUUAUCAUCUGUGAUUAAUGAACCUUAUUGCAUAUCGAUUGCUAAAGUCAUUGUGGUCUUCCUUGAUUUUUAGUGACAUAACUUUAUAGGUAUUUGUCUGCAUUUUCUAAAUACUAUAUAUGGUCAGAACAACCAUGCUAUGUUACUUUAAAUGAUUCACUAUGAAGGUUUUGUUGUGAUUGAGAGUGAUAAAACUGGAUCGAGUUACCAAAUCUAUUAAGAAUGAGUGAUUAUUUUAUACUUUACUUGCUUAAAUAUUUGUACAUAAUUGAAAACAUAGCACCAUGAAUGAAAAGGCUAUCUUUAAAAUAACAUGUUUUGAAUUGUAAAUCGUUAUUUUUAAAGCAUCAAUUUCAAGUAUAUUAAAUACAGUUGAAGAUUGAUUCUAUGUGUUUUUGUUAUGAAUAUACAGUAUUUUUAAA